AUGACUAAAGAUUGCGACUACAGCAAAUACGAUCUGGCGCGGCUGCAGGCAGAACUUGAGCAAGAGAGGGAGAUGAAAGAAAUGCUUGAGGAGUCGGUGUCUGAUCUGCAGAGCACCAUGUGUGAACUGCAAGAAAGGCUGCACAGUGUUGAUGGAGAAGGAAAUGAGUGGAAGACAAGAUAUGAGACCCAGGUAGAGCUAAAUGGACAGCUGGAAAGACAAAUCUCACUCAUUCACGAGAGACUGGAGGACAUACGAGGAAACCCGAUGGAUCGACUGGCCUCUAUCCGAUCUUAUGAUGACAUGCCAGUCGAAACGCUGAGGCAGCGUCUGAAGUUUCUGACUGAUGAGAAGUCCGACCUCCAGAGUCAGCUGAUGGACUGUCAUCUUCACAUUGAGCAGGAGGGAAAGGCAUUUCAUAAAACCAAUGAUGAGAGGCGAGCAUACCUUUCAGAAAUUACUAAGCUGUCUUCCUCUCAUGAAACCCAGAGAAGACAGUACUCCACUCAGCCACAGAGGGCGCCAGAGAGCAAACACACGAGAGGGAAGCGGGCCAGCAGGAAGGCAGAGGCUGAUUCUAAGAAAGGAAAAGAGGGAGAAGAAGACGGAGGAGGAGGAGUGCGUGUGAAAGGAGGAGGAGGUGACAGUACAGCCGUACUCGUGAGUCUCGGUAGUGAAAUGGAGAUGGAGCACUUCGACGAGCGGGACAAAGGUCAGAGGCACGGCCGCUCCAGUGCCAAGAUGAACGGGGUGCCGAGUCCGACGCACAGCGCCCACUGCAGCCUGUACCGGACCCGGACUCUGAAGACUCUGAGCGCCGAGAAGAGAGCCAAGAAGGUCCGGUUCUACCGCAACGGAGAUCGGUACUUCAACGGGAUCGUGUACGCCAUCUCCGCGGACAGGUUCCGGACCUUUGACGCGCUCCUGGCCGACCUGACGCGCUCCCUGUCCGACAACGUCAACCUGCCGCAGGGAGUCCGGACCAUCUACACCCUGGACGGCUCCAAGAAGAUCACCACGAUUGAUCAGCUGGUAGAAGGUGACAGCUACGUGUGCAGCUCCAUUGAAGCCUACAAAAAGCUGGAUUACACAAAGAAUGUAAACCCCAACUGGUCGGUGAACGUCAAGGCCUCGGCGGCAGCGGCCCGAGGGCCCCCCUCCCUGGGCAGCUCCAAGGCCGGCGCCCCCGACGGCCGCGAGAACAAGGACUUCAUCCGGCCCAAGCUGGUGACAGUGGUGCGGAGCGGAGUGAAGCCCCGCAAAGCUGUGAGGAUCCUGCUGAACAAGAAGACUGCCCACUCCUACGAACAAGUCCUCACUGACAUCACUGAUGCCAUCAAGCUGGACUCUGGAGUGGUGAAGAAGAUCUACACGCUGGAGGGCAAACUGGUGUCGUGUCUGCAGGACUUCUUUGGUGACGAGGACAUUUUUGUGGCUUGUGGACCGGAGAAGUUCCGCUACCAAGAUGACCUGAUGCUGGAUGAAAGUGAGUGCCGCACGAUGAAGUCAGUAACCUAUGGGAAGAUGUCGGGCUCUCUCAACCGAGGCUCCCCCAGGACUAUCAUCCAAUCACGCCGCAGCAAGUCCCCUGCAUCUGUAAAUGGGACGCCGGCCAGUCAGCUGUCCACUCCUCAUUCGGGAAAAUCUCCCAGCCCCUCCCCAACCAGCCCGGGCAGCCUCAGCCGACGCCGGGGGUCCCAGGGUUCUUCCAGCUCUCUGUCUUCCGCGAAAGUUUCCAGCUCGGUGGAAGACGGGGAUGGACUCGUUACUGAAGCUGAGGUUCUAGUCGAUGAGGUUCCAACUGUGCCGUCCUACAUAUCAGACCGCUACAAGGUGGGGCGGAUGUUAGGAGAUGGGAACUUUGCAGUCGUGCGGGAAUGUGUGGAGCACUCCACAGGACGGGAGUACGCUCUGAAGAUCAUCAACAAGGGCAAAUGCAGAGGCAAGGAGCACAUGAUCCAGAACGAGGUGGCCAUCCUCCGCAGGGUCAAACAUCCGAAUAUCGUCUUACUCAUCGAGGAGGUGGACACUUACAACGAACUUUACUUGGUCAUGGAGCUGGUCAAGGGGGGAGAUCUGUUCGAUGCCAUCACCUCCGCCAACAGAUACACAGAGAGAGACGCCAGCGGCAUGCUCUACAAUCUGGCCAACGCCAUCAAAUACCUCCACAGCCUCAACAUUGUGCACAGAGACAUCAAACCAGAAAACCUGCUGGUGUACGAACAUGCAGAUGGCAGCAAAAGCCUGAAACUGGGAGACUUUGGUUUGGCGACCAUGGUGGACGGACCCCUCUACACCGUCUGCGGCACCCCGACAUAUGUAGCACCUGAAAUCAUCGCAGAAACAGGGUAUGGCCUUAAGGUGGACAUCUGGGCAGCAGGAGUCAUCACCUACAUCCUACUGUGUGGUUUCCCACCCUUUCGAGGGAGCAGUGAUGAUCAAGAAGUGCUUUUCGAUCAGAUACUUAUGGGACAGCUAGAAUUCCCUCUACCAUACUGGGACAACGUGUCAGAGACAGCAAAGGAGCUGAUUCGAUCCAUGCUGGAGGUGGAGGUGGAUCAGAGAUACACCGCCCUCCAGGUGCUGGAGCACCCUUGGGUCACGGAUGAGGGUCUGUGUGAGAAUGACCACCAGCUGUCAGUAGCAGGGAAGAUAAAGAAACACUUCAACACCAAUCCGAAGGUCAGCGACACGACUGCAGGAGUGUCAGUCAUUUCUCUGGAUGACAGCUUUUCUAUGCAGAGAUCUGGGUCGUUGGAUUUCUACCAGCACCCGGCCAUGUACUGGAUAAGGCCACCUCUCUUGAUAAGGAGGGGCAGAUUCUCAGACGAGGACGCCACCCGGAUGUGA